AUGUCGGCCAUCGCGAGCGCGUGCGCGCUCUCGAGGCCCGCGUUCCGCGUCCGCGCGUCCGCGUCCGACGGCGCCGCGAAGAAGGUCGUCUCGACGCCGUCGUCCUCCGGGGUGAUGAUGUCGAAGGCGCCGGGACCGAGGAACACGCGCGCGCGGGCGAUCCAGGUCGACACGUCCGCGGAGGCGAAGGACGUCGCGACGAAGGACCCGCUCAUGCUCCGAGCGAUCCGCGGCGAGGACGUCGAGCGUCCCCCGAUCUGGAUGAUGCGCCAGGCGGGCCGGUACAUGAAGAUCUACCAGGAGCUCUGCAAGAAGCACCCGACGUUCCGAGAGCGCAGCGAAAAGGUCGACCUCGCCGUGGAGAUCUCGCUGCAGCCGUGGGAGGCGUUCCAGCCCGACGGCGUGAUCCUGUUCAGCGACAUCCUCACCCCGCUCAGCGGCAUGAACAUCCCGUUCGACAUCGUCAAAGGGACCGGCCCGGUGAUCAUGGACCCGGUGCGAGGGAUGGACGACGUGAAGAAGAUCACGAAGCUGGAGCCGGAGAAGUCCGUGCCGUUUGUCGGCGAAGCCCUCGGACUUCUGCGCCAAGAGGUGGGCAACAACGCGACCGUCCUCGGGUUCGUCGGCGCGCCGUUCACGCUCGCGUCCUACAUCGUCGAGGGCGGCACGUCCACGCACUACAAGGUGAUCAAAAAGAUGGCGUUCGACGAGCCCCAGAUUUACGAGGCGCUGCUGAACUCAAUCACCGACAGCGUCGUGGAGUACGUCAAAUACCAGGCGGACAGCGGCGCGCAGGUGAUCCAGAUCUUCGACAGCUGGGCGAGCGAGUUCUGCCCCUCCGACUUCGAUAAGUACUGCCUCCCGUACCUCACUCGGAUCGUGACCGAGGUGAAGGCGACGCACCCGGACGUGCCGCUCAUCUUAUACAGCAGCGGCAGCGGCGGUUUGCUCGAGCGACUCAAGACGACGGGCGCGGACGUCAUCUCGCUGGACGGGACCGUGGACAUGGCGGACGCGCGCGCGAGGUUGGGGAUGGACCAGGCGGUCCAGGGGAACAUGGACCCGGUGAGCUUGUUCGGGAGCAAGGCGCACAUCACCGAGAGGGUGCUGGACACGAUCAAAAAGGCGGGGAACACGAAGCACGUGAUGAACCUCGGACACGGCGUCAUGCAGGGGACGCCGGAGGAGAACGUCGCGCACUUCUUCCAGACCGUCAAGGACUACAGAUAUUAAGCGAGCGAGUGGUCGAGGGUUGACGAGGAGGAGGAGGAGGAGGCGUUUUCGCGCGGGGUGAGUGGUGGUUAGCGUCGAGGGUUGUAAUACGACCGCGCGCGUCAUCGGUU